CCUUCCACUUCCCUCAUCACUACUUUCCCCCCGCUUGCCCCCCUUGCCCAACAUGGUAGCCGUCCAAUCCCCGGACGUCGCCCGGAUCACACUGCACGUCCCCAUUCCCCUCUGGACACACCUGUACGUCUUGCCAUUUCUCUUCCUCUAUCCGCUCUACCUCUACGCAUACUACGUGGCCUACGACAGUUGGAUCAAGUCGGAAGAAUGGACAUUCGUAUACACGGUAUCCCUCGUCGUUUCGCAUGCUCUGGCCUUCCUGGGUACCAAAUGGAGCAUAGGGUUCAAGGCGUGGGUAACGACGAAGCAGGUCAAGGACCUGCCCAGCGCCAAGCUGGUGAGGGUCUUCCCGCAAGCGCACAAGGGAGAGGGAAUGAUUGUACCCCUCGUAGUCAGUAGGCACGAGGUAGCUUUCACGUAUCAGGCAGACAAGUACAUUUUGGCCUUGCCGGAUAUCAAGGCGCCAGAGGGGUCCAUCUACAGGGCAAGGGACAUUACGGAGCCCACCUUUAGACGAUUGCCUUACCCCGCCGACUCGAGCCCGCCCUUGAGCCAUUUCCAGGCUUCGAGAGGUUUGGUCAGCGAGGACGAUGCCAUGGCUACUUUGGCGACGUAUGGAGGUAAUCAAUUUGAGAUCCCCAAGCCAAGCUUCACCGAGCUCUUCGCUGAGCACGCCGUAGCCCCCUUUUUCGUCUUUCAAGUCUUCUGCGUCGGCCUCUGGAUGCUCGACGAGUACUGGUACUACUCCCUCUUCACCCUCUUCAUGCUCAUCGUCUUUGAGUGCACCGUCGUGUUCCAACGACUGCGAACAUUGAACGAGUUUAGGACCAUGUCCAUCACUCCUUUCCAGAUCUACGUGUAUCGCUCGCGCGAGUGGCUUCAGGUGUCGACGACGGAGCUGCUCCCGGGAGAUGUGGUGUCGAUCACGAGGACAAAGGAAGAUACGGCCACACCCUGCGAUUUGCUGCUGCUCGCGGGAACGACGAUUGUGAACGAGGCGAUGCUGAGUGGCGAGUCGACGCCCCUGCUCAAGGAGAGUAUUGAGCUGCGCAACCCAUCGGACAGACUAGACGUCAACAAUGUGGAUCGCAACGCCGUCGUAUUUGGUGGCACCAAGGUCCUCCAGACGACCAGCGCAGACGCGACCUCGCAGUACGCCAAGGAAGGCAUGGUUGCCCCCGAUGGCGGAGCUUUGGGUCUUGUCCUCCGCACAGGCUUCGGUACCUCGCAGGGCCAGCUUAUCCGCCUCAUGGUCUUCACCAACGAAGGCCGCGUAACGGCAGACAACGUCGAAGCGUUCCUCUUUAUCGGCUUCCUCCUCAUUUUCGCCAUCGCUGCGAGCUGGUACGUCUGGACACGCGGUCUCGAGAUGGGGCGUCCAAAGGGCAAGCUCCUCCUCGACUGUGUCCUCAUCAUCACAUCCGUCGUCCCGCCCGAGCUACCCAUGGAGCUCAGCAUGAGCGUAAAUGCUUCCCUGAUGGCGCUCAGCAAGAAGGCCAUCUUCUGCACUGAGCCCUUCCGCAUCCCCUACGCCGGCCGCGUCGACGUGUGCUGCUUCGACAAGACGGGCACUAUCACGGACACGGACCUGGAGGUGCAGGGCGUAGCGGCUAUCGGUGCUCGUCUGCCCCGCGACUUGAUCCCGCUUAAGCAGCUCCCUCGCGAAACGACAAUCACCCUGGGUGCGGCGCAUGCGCUUGUGCUUCUGGAGGACGGCGUGGUGGGGGACCCGAUGGAGAAGACCACGCUGGAGAGUAUGGGAUGGGAGCUGCGCAAAGGUGAUGUACUCUCGCCUGCCGAUGUAAAGACUUCGGCGCAUCGGAUUGAGGUGGGGGUCAAGCGACGUUUCCAGUUCUCGUCAGCGUUGAAGAGGAUGUCGACGUUGAGCUACGUGAGUGAUGUUGGUGGAGGGAAUAAGAGGCUGAUCGCUGCGGUCAAGGGCGCUCCGGAGACGUUGAAGGGGAUGUAUAGCAAGGUGCCCGAGGGCUAUGAUGAGACGUACAAAGGCUUCGCUCAGCGCGGCUCGCGCGUCCUCGCCCUAGGUUACAAGUACGUGGACAACCUCCCCUCGUCCAACCUCAACGAUGUGCAACGCGAGCAGGUCGAGUCCUCGCUCGAGUUUGGCGGUUUCCUCAUCUUCCACUGCCCGCUCAAGCCAGACGCAAAGGCCACGCUCCAACAGCUCAACGACUCCUCACACCGCAGCAUCAUGAUCACGGGUGACUCCCCGCUCACCGCAGUCCACGUAGCCGCCGAAGUGGAGAUCGUAGACCGCGAGGCACUGAUCCUCGAUGCGCGCGAGGGAGCCACCUCGCCCACCCAGCUCAGCUGGCGCACACCGGACGAAAGCGUCGUCAUCGAUGUGGAUUCGAGCGCUCCGCUUGAUCGAGGACUGUUCGAGAAAUACGACCUCUGCCUCACGGGAGCGGCCGUCGCACAGUACGCUGAGCAGACGGAGGCGUGGGAGCAGCUGGUCCAGCACACGUGGGUGUACGCGCGUGUCAGCCCGGCACAGAAGGAGUUGAUCUUGAAUACCCUCAAGCGCCUGGGCUACGUGACGCUCAUGGCCGGCGAUGGGACCAACGAUGUAGGCGCGCUCAAGGCGGCCAACAUCGGCGUGGCAUUGCUGGACGGCACGCCGGAGGACAUGCUCAAGAUUGCUGAGCACCAACGCAACGAGCGAAUGAAGAAGGUGUACGAGUCACAGCUGGGCCUCAGUGCUCGGUUCAACCAGCCUCCCCCUCCUGUGCCGCCUGCCCUCAAGACCCUCUACCCUGACCUGGAGACGGCCCGUGAGGAAGCGCUCAAGAAGCAGCAGCUGGCGCGCACGGCCAACCCUGGUCAGGCUCCGAAGUUCGACCUCUCCUCCAUCACGAGCAAGAUGGCCGACCUAGAAGGCGACGACGGUGGACCCCCCACGAUCAAGCUGGGCGAUGCAAGUGUAGCGGCUCCCUUUACCUCGAAGCUCCGCGUAAUGGACAGCAUAGUCCAGAUUAUCAAGCAAGGCCGUGCCUCUCUGGUAGCCACGAAUCAGACGUACAAGACGCUCGGCCUCUCUUGCCUCUCAUCCGCGUACGCCCUCUCUUUCCAGUACCUGGAGAACGUCAAGUUCGGCGACUACCAGAUGACAAUCAGCGGCGUCCUUUUGAGUGCGGCCAUGUUCUUCAUCUCACGUGCCCAGCCUCUCGACAAGCUGAGCAAAGAACGCCCUCUCUCUACAAUCUUUGGCCUCUACUUCUUCUCCUCGGUGUUCCUCCAAUUCCUCCUCCACCUAGCCACAAUGCACUGGACGACCCAAGUCCUCGUCCGUCGCUACGAGGCUCCAGAGCAGGAGGUGGACCUCGAAGCAAAGUUCAACCCUUCCCUGCUCAACAGCGCUGUCUUCCUACUCAACACCCUCCAGCAGGUAAACGCAGUAACGGUCAACUUUGUUGGGCACCCUUUCCGCACUUCUAUUCGGGAGACGCCCGGCCUCUUCUACGGCUUGGCAGGUUGUGCCUUCCUUUCCGUUGCGGGUACCCUGGAGAUCAUGCCUGAGCUCAACGACUGGCUCCAGCUCGUCAAACUCCCCGGUCCCUUCCAAGUGCGACUCCUAGCCGUAAUGGCCGUCGAUUACUUUGGGGCAAUGGCCAUCGAGUGGGGCGCUAAGGCCUUGUUUGCGGAUUUGGAGCCGAAGGCGCUCAUUGUUAGGGGGAGGGAGAGGAGGGAAAAGAGGAGGAAGGCAUUGAGUGAUAAUUUGGCAGAGUUGACUGCCAUUGCUGAGAAGAGGGCACAGCAGGAGGGUGAGGGAGGGGUGCAGCAGCAGCAGGGUAAUGGGAAGAGUACGGCUGUUCCGCAGGGUGGGAAGGCGAGUAAGAGGAGGUGAGAGGGGUGAUGAGGGAGGAAAAGAGCACGGAUAGAUGACUGCAAGUGGUGAGGCGGUUUGAGUGUCUUAUAGAGCUAGUAGAUGAACGAAGUGAACAUGGAAGACGUGAAUGAUGCAUGAGACUCAUUGCUGUGCUCAUGAAACAUAACGAUAAUGU